AUGGCGGCGGAGCUCACGAGGAGCGCCACCACCAUCGACUCCCUCCCGGUUGAGAUGCUCACCGAGGUCCUGCUCCGCGUCUCGACGCCGGCCGCCCUCGUCCACGCCGCGGCCGCCUCGAGGAGCUGGCGCGGCGCCAUCGCCACCCCCGAGUUCCUCGCCCGCUACCGCAAGCGCCACAAGUCCUCGACCUUCCUGGGCCUCUACGUCCCGCGCCAGUUCGCCGGCCCCCCCUCGUUCCUCAUGCCGGAUUCGAUCCGCUUGGGCGACGCCGCCGCCGGCAACGUCAAGGAUGCCGCACUCAGGGCCUUCGACUUCGGCGAGAUCCGCAGGUAUCAGGAUCAUCGCCUCCACGACGCCGUAGACGAUGCCUUCAUCCUCGGCCGUCUUGGGGUCCAUCCGGAUUGCCGCCUCCUCGACUGCCACAACAGCCGCCUCCUGCUCACCAGAGGCGACGAGGCUCUGGAGGUGCGCAGCCCGUUGGCCCGCGAGAGCAUCCUGCUACCCUUUCCGCCUGAUGUCGUCCACCCGUACUGUUUGGAAGCGUGCUUGCUGCAAGGCCAUGACAAAGCGGCGGCGUCGUUUCGAGUGGUCUGCUUGCAGCACCGUCGCGAGGGCCGCAACCGGCAGGCUCGCGCUGUCGAGUACGACUCCAGAAGGAAGAGCUGGCAGGAUCACCCCUGGGAGACUCUCAAAAGCACCAUUGAGGGGACGCCAGAAGAGGUGAUGCACGCCGGACACCGGAUAUUUUGCAAAUACACGGGUCUGACGUCGGCAGCACUCUUGCUGGACACAAGCAACAUGCAGUUUUCCGUUCUUCCCCUUCCAAAUUACCAAAACUUCGUUAUAGGGGAGAUAGAGGACAAUGUGUGUUGUUUUGUUGAAGCUGUUGGCUGCGGAGACCAUAGACUUAGAGUGUGGCAGCUGGACGAGGAGAAGUUGCACUGGGAUCUCAAGAAGGAUAUCAAAAUGGAUCAGGUGCUUGGUGAGCAUGUUGGGUACUAUCGCCCCCGCGCGAUCAGUAAUGGGAUAGCUCUUGUGUGCUCGAGAACCACGCACCAUCAUUUUGUUGUCGACCUGAAGACCUGCAGCAUGAAGGAGGAGUUCGAGUUCCAUGGCCAGUUUGCUUACCCUAUGCAAAUGCCAUGGCCACCUGCCUUUUCUGGUCCUACAGCUAAUGCUGCAGGAGGAUUUGACAGGGAUGGAGGGCCGGCGUUUGUGGGUGACGCCAGGACAGGGGUUGGGUUGUCGGACCGGAUUGCAGCCUGUACACAGAAACUUGAGAGAAACACCAAAGCUCUAGCUGCUGCAGAGUACCAGAUUGCAGCCAUUCUACAGGAUCUUAAGAGCAACGCCAAAGCCAUAGCUGCUGCAGGACCCCCCUUCCUCGCCUGCCGAGUACAUGGAGGAUCGGCAACAAAUGGCUUUGACGAUGGCGGGCUCGCCAAGCUGUCUGUGGGCGACGCCGGCGCCAAGACAGGGGCUAGGGAGUUGGACGAGAUCGAUGAUCCUAGCCCUGGUCCCUCUGUGGGCGGCUGCGUCGGCACUGACCUUUUGCCGGAGGCGAAGAAGGCGCAGCUCCUGCACUCGUCUUCCAUUGCCUGCUUUGUGCCAGGCAGCUCCACUGCCCCUCCAGCACUAAUGGCUUCGACGACGGUGGGCUCGCCAAGCUGUCCACAUCAAGCUGCAGGAGGGUUUGACCGGGAUGGAGGGCCAGCGUCUGUGGGCGACGCCAGGACUGGGUCUGGUGAGUCGGACACGAUUGAGGACCUGUUUGGUGGCACUCUGGCUAUGGCUCCACCAGCAGCUCCAGCUGUGGAGCCGGAGGAGCUGCUCGUUUGGAGAAGCCGGAACCCUUUUUGCGAACAGAGUCUAAACCAUGAUUUACUGCUCCAGCCUCCGGCUUUGGCAAGCUGUCCACAGCAAGGCAGGAAGCAGGCCGGUUCAAGAGAAAGCAAAGGAAACCUCGAGGCUAUGGGCCCAGGGAGGCGCAACUGGAAGCGGAAACCAAAGUACCUGGAAGCUAUUUUUGCCUUAAGGAGGCGUCACUCGUUCUCCAUCGCCUCGAAGGUAUUGAUGUUGCUGCUUUGUGUUAUAAUCAUGAGUCCUGGCCUUGGACUUGGGCCAACAGACUUGACAACCCAUGUAUGCAUUGAUAUGGUCCAUGGUACUGCUGGCAUGACAGAGAGGGACAGAUUUCUGAUGAAGUACAGAUUGCAACAUAAAGUUGUAGAGAAGCAUCUGCAACAAGCACAGCUGCGCUAUCAGCUGCGGAGUGCAAACUCUUAUGUGGUGGUUCUGGUUCAACCAUUAAAUUCACUGAUUCGGGAAAACAACCAAUCAUUGAUGUCAGCAUCACCAGUGCUCUAG